CACUCGGAAGGAAGAGGCCCCGUAUCUGCAUUUCGCGUCGCCUACACCGAAUCCGUCGCGUCGGUAACCGGCCCUCCGACAUGGGGAAGGAGGUGAAUGGAGUCUCGCGGAGCCGCUUCGAGAUGUUCACAAAUAGUGACGAGGCGGUCAUCAAUAAGAAGCUGCCCAAGGAGCUGUUGCUACGAAUCUUCUCCUUUCUGGAUGUCGUGACACUCUGUCGCUGUGCCCAGGUCUCACGGUCCUGGAAUGUUCUGGCCCUAGAUGGCAGCAACUGGCAACGAAUCGACCUCUUUGACUUCCAGAGGGACAUUGAGGGCCGGGUGGUGGAGAACAUCUCAAAGCGAUGUGGGGGGUUCCUUAGAAAGCUGAGCCUGCGGGGUUGCUUGGGGGUGGGUGACAGCGCCCUGAGGACUUUCUCUCAGAACUGCAGGAACAUUGAGCUGCUCAGUCUAAAUGGCUGCACCAAGAUCACUGACAGCACAUGUAAUAGCCUCAGUAAGUUCUGUCCCAAGCUGAAGCACCUGGACCUCGCCUCCUGUACCUCAAUCACCAACCUGUCACUCAAAGCUCUCAGUGAGGGCUGUCCCCUGCUGGAGCAGCUCAACAUCUCCUGGUGUGAUCAGGUCACCAAGGAUGGCAUCCAGGCCCUGGUGCGUUGCUGUCCAGGACUCAAAGGCCUUUUCCUUAAGGGAUGCACACAGUUGGAGGACGAGGCUCUGAAACAUAUUGGGGCUCACUGUCCGGAGCUGGUCACGCUCAAUUUGCAGACAUGCUCACAGAUCACAGACGAAGGCCUCAUUACAAUUUGCCGAGGUUGUCACCGCCUGCAGUCUCUUUGUGUGUCGGGCUGUGCCAACAUCACAGACGCCAUCCUGCACGCCCUGGGACAGAACUGCCCUCGCCUCAGAAUAUUGGAAGUGGCUCGCUGCUCUCAGCUCACAGAUGUGGGCUUUACUACAUUAGCAAGGAAUUGUCAUGAGCUUGAAAAGAUGGAUUUAGAAGAAUGUGUGCAGAUCACAGAUGGAACACUUAUCCAGCUGUCCAUCCACUGCCCUCGUUUGCAAGUCCUGAGUCUGUCUCACUGUGAGCUGAUCACUGAUGACGGCAUCCGACACCUCGGCAGUGGCCCCUGCGCUCACGACCGUCUGGAGGUGAUCGAGCUCGACAACUGCCCACUGAUCACAGACGCCUCGCUGGAGCACCUGAAGAGCUGCCACAGCCUGGAUCGCAUCGAGCUCUAUGACUGCCAGCAGAUCACCCGCGCUGGCAUCAAGAGACUACGGACCCAUCUGCCUAACAUCAAAGUGCACGCGUACUUCGCUCCCGUCACUCCACCGCCCUCCGUCGGGGGCAGUCGUCAGAGGUUUUGCCGCUGCUGCGUCCUGCUAUGAUGUAAAGACAACAACCCCGACCUUUCCACGCCCCGUGUCCCUCGUACAUCCUCCCCGUCGCUUGACCCCGGACCUGCCGUCCCCGCCGUGGCGCCCGGUCAUAGAGAAUAUGCUGGUGUGUCCUCCCAGUUUGGAGCUGCAGAGAGAGGGGAGAGAACCAAAACAACCCACAUGGUCUCGGGUAACUUUUCCCCCCAAAAAACAUUCCUGAAUCUCUCCACCACAUGCAUACAGAACACACACACACACACACCAGGCAUUCUGAUAUUCAGACACACUUGCAUACACCGAUUAACUGAAUGUCAGAGCUUACUUGGUCUGUGUUUAGUGGCCGAACCAGUAUUACAAAGAGGGUUAUGUAAAAAUCCAAUGUGGUCACCUCUGUGAAGGGAUUUAACUCUUCAUCAUCAAAUGAAGUACGAGUUUGUCAAAUUUUUCCCAUCAAAAACCAUCGUUUCGUAUUUUAGGAGAGAAGCGCGCGCUUCUGUUCAGCACUUUGAGACCGGUUCUACUUUAUUAACAAAAUAUUUAAAAAUCCCUGCGACUACUUUACCGCUACCUCUAGAAGGGAAGGGCAUUUGACUUAAGAACCCGGUUAGCUUUUUUCCUCCAGGCUAUUUUGAAAAGAUGGGCAGCAAUGCGUCCAGCAGACAAACACAUAGAAAAGCCCCCGAAAGCCUGUUUUGUGACGAAAAGAAAGAAAUUUGCAGCUAUUUGCACCAAUUGCAGUUAAGCAAUGAUAAGACACUUUACCCAACAGCCAUCUCUGAAUUUAAGACUAGCAUUUCACUAACCACACACACACACACAGUGAGGAAUCAUCAUCCGCACACUGAACUUGCUCCACCUGAACCCCCACCUCUCUCUGUUACAAUCCGAAGCUUCAACAUGCUGAAGAAUUAAAAAAAAAAAAAACACUUCAAUAUUUUUCUAAAAAUGGACACCAAUUAAGAAUCACAUGUGGGAACUCAGAUGCCAAAUGUUGCAUGUAACACCUCUAGUUUUUUAAAAUCAAAUUGUAAAUAUUGUCCGUGAGUAGAAGCCAGCGAAACGACAGAUGAUGAUGAUGUGAGACAGGAGAUGUCUGUCGAUGGGUCUUCCUGAGGGAACUACGGCACGGCUCGCGCUUGCUUGUCCAAGUGUUGGAGUACGUGCUGGAGCCUCGGACAGACGAUCCAGCCGGCACCCAACGUGGAGUUUGACAGCAGAACUGACGCUGGCUCGUGUCGGCUCACGUCCGCUCGCGUCGACACCGGUGGAAGUAACAAAGACGCUCUUUUGACAGCGUGAAAGAAUAUAAAAGUCUGACACGACCUCGUGGAUUCAUGCUGUCAGACCAGAACAAUGGAAAGAAAAAGCCAACUGAAAACGAUCAAAGUACGUCUAUUAUCAGUUAGUUCGAUUUUCAUUUAGUUGCUGUUGUUUUUCACCGGUGACGGUUCUGAUGACGAGGAACUAGUGCAGCGGUGAGGGGAUGCACCUGGUUCUGGCAUCGGGCAACUUCCAAUCCUACGAGGCCUUGCGGGGGUUGAUGGAGUAGAAGCAUGCUGGGACCUCCUCCGUCUGUCGGAGCGCAGUGACGGCGCCGAAGGUGGAGACCGGAUCCGACCGUCGGAGUCUCUGAAAGCGGAGGUUAUUCCGAAAUGAUCUCCUGCUGGAAAGAACUCUGUCAUAACGGAGGGCUAUAAUGGAUCCCCUUCCCCAGCCCUAUGAAGUAUUGAAGCCUUUUUCUAUCUAUCAUCCUCUCCUCCACUCGCACCUGCUUCAUUCUACGUCUCUUUUUUUCGUCCGGUUUCCUUUUAUACGUGUGUCCUUUGCUGCUUUUCUUUCUGAUUUCCUCUGGAUCUCUACCGUUUCUCUUCUUUUGCAUUUUUGUUUUGGUGUGGUUUGGAUUGCGCCUGCUCUGUGUUUUGAAGUUUAUUGUCUCCGAGAUGAGUUUGAGUCUUCUUCCAGUCCUUAGUUUUGAUCUGAUGGUGUUUGACUUUAUUGUUACUUAAUGUCCAGAGUGUAGCCUUUGUCCAGGGGAAGUGUUGGCAACAGUGCAAUUUAAAUAAAUGUUGAAAUUUGA